AUAAAAACUACAAAUUUAAAAAUUGAUUGGAAUGGUCAAAUUUUGAAUCACAACAAAUAAGAUUUUCGUUUAAUACUAUUAUUGCGAUUUAUUUUAUUUAAAAUUUAGAUAAUUCAUAAUGAUCUCAAACGAUCCAAAAAUAAUAUACGAAAACGAUCAAGACAAUCCCUUCACAGCCUUUGUAACGAUGGAAUAUCUGCUGGACAAAUUGAAACUUUUAAAUUACGAAACUGAAUUUCUAAAAGAUAUCAAGUUAAAACCAAUACAUAAAUAUUAUUUUGUUAUAACGAAAAACAGUGGAGAACAAUUUUAUUUAUUUGCAUUAUUGGCGGCAUGGUUAAUUCGAAAGUGCGGUAAGAAUUUUGAUCCUCCUCAGGAAGAUGACGAUCCUAACAACACUAUUGAGAGAAUAAUAAACGAAGUUACAGAAGCAGGCAUGAAAGUGGAAUUUUCUACAAGUAAAAUUAAACAAGGUGUUGGAGAACAUGUAGUUAACAUAUUGGAUUUUCUGGCUAAUAUUGCAAUUAAAAAACAGAACUUAAUACUGCAAAUGCCUAAGCCUCCAGAAGAAAAAGAACAAGAAACUGAAAUGAUUGAUGAUGAGUCUGAAUUGAAUUUGGAUCGUGUUGAAGAGGAAAUGAUUGCGGCAUAUUCAGAUGAUUCCGAUGAAGAAAAUCUCUUCAGGCUGGAUAAUAUCAAACCAGCAAAAUCUGAACUGCAACAAAUUGAUUUAAAAGGCAACGUUGACGAGGAAAGCUGGAAAUUGGAAGUGGAAAGGGUACUUCCCAUGUUAAAAGUAACAAUUAAAAAUGAAAACAGGGAUUGGAGGUCACAUUUAGAGCAGAUGAAAAACUAUGAAAAUCAAAUCAACGAAUCAUUACCACCGACCAAAAAUCACUUAGAAAAGUUAUAUAAAGAAGUGACAUCGACUUUAGAAAAAAUUGGAAACCGUGAAAAAUACCUGAACAGAGAACUAGAUAAUGUUCUCGACACUUACAGAACCUUACAAGAUCAACUAUCGAAAAUCAAAGACAAAUAUAAAAAUAUUAGCACUGGGGUGGCAGAAAGAAAUCGUGAACUUAAUAAAUUAAACGACAGAGUUGAAUCAAUUAAACAACAAAUGGAAACACGUGGAAAUUCUAUGACAGAUGGAACUCCUUUGGUCAACAUUAAGAAAUCUGUUUCGAAAAUAAAGCAAGAGAUUGUUGAUAUGGAUGUACGAAUUGGAGUUCUCGAGUGCCUUCUAUUACAAACUAAAAUAAGGGAAGAAAAGCAAAUUGAAACUGACUUUGGACAAUCAAUUUCAGUUUUUUAAAUGAAAUAUUGUAUAAUAUAGUUUAAUUGGUCACUAUGUAUACUUUGAGGUUUUAAUACAUGCUUGUAAACUAAAAUAAAUAAUAAAUACCUA